CUCCCCCCUUCCCCUCUCUUUCGAUAAAGCCUCCGGAGGGCACCGGAGGGCGUCGACCACCACCACCACCAACCCCCAUCCAUGGCGUCCCUCGCCGCCUUCCAUCCGGCCGCGCCCCGCGCCGGGGCGCACCACCCGCGCCGCCCCAACCCGGCCACCGGCCUCCUCCGCCUCCGCCUCCCCGCACCCCCGCGCCGGAGGGCCCGCGCCGCCCCGCGCCUCGCGGUCUCCGCCUCCUCCGCGGGCGCGGGCGCCGCGUCGCCCUCCCCGGCCGCGGGGUGGGGCCGGUCCGACGCGGCGUCGUCGCUGGAGCGGUGCCUCGCCGCGUCCGGGUCCGCCGCGCCGGCCUCGGCGCCCACCCGCGCCCCGCCGGCGAUGAAGGGUGGGAAGCAGUACGGGUCGUUCGGCGCCGUCACGCUCGAGCGGAAGGUCGACCUCUCCAAGGGACGGAAGAAGAUCACGCCCGAGCUGGCAACAGGUGGUGGCGGUGGUGAUAUUGGGAAAAGGAUUGGUCAUGGUGGUGGUGAUGGUGGAGAUGAUGAUGGCGAUGAUGAUGAUUACUUUGAUGAUUUUGAUGAUGGCGACGAAGAAGAAGGUGGCCUUUUUCGGAGACGAAUUGUCAUUCAGGAGCUUUUCAAUAGAGAGUUUGUGGAUGCUGUGAUGCAAGAGUGGUGUAAAACGAUGAGUAAUUUGCCUGCUGGUCUCCGCCAAGCUUAUGAGAUGGGUUUGGUAAGUUCUGCCCAGAUGGUCCGAUAUUUGGCGAUAUUUGCAAGGCCUACUCAUUCUAGGUCCUUCUCACGAGCUCUUCCUGGAUGGCUUUCCAGAGGUCUUGUUGGAAGAACGCUUGCAGAUCCAUCAUUCCCACAUAAGAUAGCUUUUGAGUUCAUGGCUACCUUUUUCUCAUCUGUUUGGUGGGAGAUGAACAUACGUAAGGAGAGGUUUGAGCAAGAAUGGGAUUUGGCUGUCGUCAAUGCUCUGACUGCAUCUUGUUGCAAUGUGAUGGUUCUUGGGCUUCUGGCACCAUGCCGCUCAUAUGGGAGCACAUCCCGAUUUGACUUCCAGAAUGCAAUUGAGAAACUUCCCAACAACAUUUUUGAGAAGAGUUAUCCUUUGAGACAGUUUGAUCUACAAAAACGAAUCAGUGCUUUCUUUUACAAAGCGGCAGAGCUUAGCUUGUUAGGGGUAGUUGCUGGUUCUAUUCAAGGUGGUCUCUCAAAAGCCUUGUCUGCAAGAAAGGAAAGGAGGUUAUCGGUUACCAUUCCUUCUGUCAGCACAAAUGCCCUUGGCUAUGGAGCCUUCCUAGGACUAUAUGCAAACUUGCGGUAUCAACUAUUGUGUGGACUGGAUCAGUAUAUGGUCAGGCGAUUUGAUGUUCUUGGUGUGGCAAUCUUCUUCAGCACAGCACUAAGAUUGACGAAUAUUCAGAUUGGUGAAUCAUCGAGACGCACAUGGCUUGGGGAGGAAGCUGAUCCACAGUACUCAGAUCGGCUGCUGAGAGCAUAUAAAAGACCAGUCGAGGUUGCUGGAGACCAACAAGAUUCAAGGUGGUUUAUAUCGAAGGAUGCGAUUGUAUCUGGCCUUGGUCUUCUCGGCAUCAAGCAAGGUGGAACAGAAGCUGCAUUGUCCAAGCCCCGCAGGAAGAGAGUUGUCCGAAAGAAAGUUGCCUCAACCUGAAUUUAGUUGGAUGUUGUCUAAUGCUGGAACAAUUUUGCUUUAGUUCCACUACGCCGUAUUGAGUUCUACCCAGCAAGGCGAACGAGGGAAACCGUAGUUGGCAGCCAGCCUUGCAGUCUGUCGUGGAAGGCAUCGAAGCGGUGGUGGUGGUCAUAACUGGGAGGGUUCAGAACUGGAGGCCCUUUACCAUUUUGUAUCUUUUUUCUUCUCGCUUUCUGAUAAGAAUUGACAUCCCAAUUUCUUGUACUGUUGUGAGCCAAGUAGACUCGGCAUAGUUGUAGUCCUGGAGAUUGUUAAAGAUACAGUCGUUAAUAUGAGCAAAACCAUUCCAUUUUUGAUUUAGGUCAUGUAGUUGCCCGAUGUAUUGCUUGUAGCAUUACAAAGUUGGAUGCCUCUUUAUCGUCAGAUCCAAAUGGUGUAUCCUGGAAGCAUUAUGGGCUUUAUA